UCGGACUAAAAAGCUGAGGGCCUACAUUCCAAAGAGCAAACCUCAGUUGUCUCCGGAUUACCUCCUUGAAUGUAAUGAGCAAAGCAUUCUGCUUGUGGGGAAACCUGGAAUCGGGAAAACAACAGUUGCUCUGGAAAUGGUUAACCUUUGGGUAAACAAGGAGAGCUGCAAACUAAAGUACUUGUUCUACUUUGAUGAAACAACACUACGUGGGAUAUCACCAGUGGAUUUGGAAUCAUUGCUCUUUGGGGCGUAUGCUGAACCAAGUUUAAACAGAGAAGAGGUUCUUGAGGAUAUUAAGGACAACUCUGAAUAUGUCACAGUCAUUGUUGAUGAUAUCAACAGUGUGCAGAGGAACUCAAUUUUAAAAAGGAUAUUUGACAAAGACCUUCUUCCUGAGGCCAAGGUUGUGGUAACCUGCAGACUAGAUUGUGAAGAGUUUCUGCCCAUCCAGACACCUUGCAGAGUGUGUGUUGAGGGGUUUAGUGAAGAAUCGAUCCAGACAUACAUGUCCCACAUGCUAAGAGAGAAACCUGAUGCUCUGAGCUACAUACUCGGGAAUCCUGAGCUGCGUAGCCUCUGCCAUGUUCCUGUGAACGCAUUCAUGGUUGCUGCCUGUCUGCUGUUUCCAAGGACUGCUACUCCAAGUCUUUUUAACACAACUGAGGUCUACAUCAACAUCUUCUAUCAAAUAAUGAAGAAAUGUGACCCAAACCUGACGUUAAGACAACUAAAAAAGUUCAUUCAACGCAACAUGGAGAAGAUACAAGAUUUGUGUAAAGAUGCAUUCCUUGCAAUCAACCAGAGGUCUAUACUCAUGCAGGGUUGUGAAGACACCGACAUUGAACAUAAUUUUCUGCAUCUGCUUACCAUGAGGGAUGGCCCCUUUCCUGUGAAAACAUAUCGGGCAUUUCUCCACAACACUCUGCAGGAGUUCUUUGCUGCAAUAUGGUUGCUGUCUAAUCCAGAAGAUAUUGAUGGAUUCCUCCACCAGUGCAACACUGAUGAAGGAAAACACAUGAGGCAUGUGAUUCCUUUUUUGUGUGGUCUGCUUUCUGAGAGAAAUCUCUCAUUAGUGAAUUUUCUAUGUCCAGAGGAGCGUAUUGAAGUGGCCUCUACCGGAUUCAUCGAGAAAGUUUUAUCCCUUUACAUGAAUGCGGACCAGGACUUCGAAGAUAGCAAUGAAGAGCUUCUCUUUCUGUGUCAGUGCCUAUUUGAACUACAGUCCCCUCAGGCAUGCUCAGUUUUUCUCAGCAGGGUGAACUACAGUUUGGACUUGGCAGAUGGCGAUCUGCAUCCACAUCAGUGUUGCGCAUUGUCUUAUGUAAUCAAACAGGCUACGAGCAUGAAGGUUACUCUUGAUUUGGAGAACUGCAGAAUAUCUGAGCAAGGAUUUAAGUUCAUCCUUGACUGUUGUGAAUAUGUCAGAAUUGAUUCCAGCCUUUUACGUGAAAUAUGGACAAUCACACUGAGUUGUGAAAACCCAGGAUUUGUCCCUGACUUGCUGAAGCUUUCAGGAGCUGAAAUGCACCUGCUUGCUUGGGAUCCAUCUGUGUUUGAGAGAGCAGGAGAAGUGCUACGGCAGCACCCACAGCAGAUGAGCCUGGUCCUGCACUGUCAUCAGUUAGAACAGUCCCUAAGUAAGGACCUCUGCCGUGUCCUUCUCAGUGUUCUACCACACAUCACCUCUCUCAGAUUCACAGAAGAGGACAUGAAUAAAUAUUCAAAGGAAGUGUUCCGGUUCCUGCUGGAUCUGAGUUUAGCAGCAGCUGUGUCUGAUUCAGCUGCAGGAGAGGGUUUCUCUGAGCUUUUGUGCUCUGUGUGCACCUUCCCUUUUGAGAGGACUGACGAUGACUAUGGCGACAAGUAUCAAUGUUUUCUCCUGGAUCUGUGUUCUCGUGUCAAGGAUAUUGAGAUAAAAACAAGCAAAAGUCUCUUGCCUGCAUUUAAGCCAUUUUACCAGUCAGGUCCUGAACAGUGGCGUAUAGACCUAAGAAGGAGAAAGAGCUCAAUUUUUCUCGAAGUGCUAAAACUCCAAAAAGAGAAGAAACCCGUAGAGGUGCACAAUUUUCCAGUUGAGGAGAAUGAAGUGAGGAGUUUCUUUCAGUGUCUUCCCUACAUCUCACAGCUCAGAUUCCAGGAGGAUUUCCGGUGUACGUAUUUAAAAGGAAUGCUCCAGUUCCUGCUGAAGCUGAGUGUAGUGGCAGCUGAGUAUGAUGCUGCUGCAGGAGAGGGUUUCUCUGAGCUCUUGUGCUCUGUGUGCACCUUCCCUUUUGAGAGGACUGAUGAGGAUUAUGGCUACGACUAUCUAUAUUUUCUCCUGGAUCUCUGUUCCAGUGUCAAGGACAUUGAGAUUAAAACAAGCAAAAGUCUCUUGCCUGCAUUUAAGCCAUUUUACCAGUCAGGUCCUGAACACUGGCUUAUAAACCCAAGAAGGAGAAAGAGCUCCAUUUUACUCGAAGUGCUGAAACUCCAAAAAGAGAAGAAAUCAGUAGAUGUGUUGGAUUUUCCAGAUGAAGAGAGUGAAGUGAGGAGUUUCCUUCAGUGUCUUCCCUACAUCUCACAGCUCAGAUUCCAAGAGGAUUUCAGGUAUACAUAUGUAAAAGGAAUGCUCCAGUUCCUGCUGAAGCUGAGUGUAGCGGCAGCUGAGUUUGAUGCUGCUGCAGGAGAGGGUUUCUCUGAGCUCUUGUGCUCUGUGUGCACCUUCCCUUUUGAGAGGACUGAUGAGUAUUAUGGCGAUGAGUAUCAAGAUUUUCUCCUGGAUCUGUGUUCCCGUGUCAAGGACAUUGAAAUUAAAACAGGCAAAAGCCUCUUGCCUGCAUUUAAGCCAUUUUACCAGUCAGGUCCUGAAGACUGGCUUAUAAACCUAAGAAGGAGUAAGAGCUCCAUUUUUCUUGAAGUGCUGAAACUCCAAAAAGAGAAGAAACCUGUAGAGGUGUUCGAUUUUCCAGAUGAAGAGAGUGAAGUGAGGAGUUUCCUUCAGUGUCUUCCCUACAUCUCACAGCUCAGUUUCCAGAAUAUAUCUAAAGUAGCCUUCAACUUCCUGGUGAAUCUGAGCGUAGCAGCUGAGUGUGAUGCAGCUACAGGAGAGAGUUACUCUGAGCUCUUAUCUUCUGUGUGCAGCUACAGCACAUUUCCUUUUGUGGAGUUGAAUGACAUUUAUCAGAAUGAAUUUCUGUUGGAUCUUUACUCCCACAUUAAGAGUUAUGACACCAAAACACACAGAAGUGUCUACUCACUAUUGCAGUCUGUGUACCAGUCAGCUCCUGCAGUCUGGUCCAUAGACCUCUCCAAGAGAAAGGCCUCCCUCCUCCUAGAAGUGCUGAAACUCCAAACACAGAAGAAACCAGUAGAGCUGAGAGGCUGGUCAGAUGAAGAGAGUGAAGUGAGGAGUUUCCUUCAGUGUCUGCCCUACAUCUCACAACUGAAACUCCAUCGUGUCUGUAAUGGGAAGCUCUUCCUGUUGGAUUGUGCAGCUGUUGGGUCUCAUCUGGUUGAGUUACUGGACAACGUUGAGCUGAAGCAGGACUUGUUCAGCAGGGAAUGCAGAACUUUGGGGCGAGUGCUUCGUGUGGCCUCUAAACUGGACCUCAGCCUGACACCUAAACACAUCUCUCUCAGGGGAGUCAGGCUGCUCUUCAGAGGAGUCACUCACCUCCACAAACUAAGGCUGAAUGUCACCAUGGUGAUGAGACUGGCCCGAGCGAUGAGGACGGGGAGAGGUUUGGCUCCAGUCUCUGUUGAGGAGCUCAGUCUGGACGUCAACAGUAAAAAAGUCUCUCAGAGAGCGCUGUCCAGGGUCCUGAGCUGCCUGGCUCUCCUCCUCAGGCUCUGGACGGUCCAGUGUCUGGAUCUGACAUCUUGCAGGGUCGAAGGUCACUCUCUCAUCAUCCUGCUCUGUCAACAGGACCCUCUCAAGCUCAGACUGAGUAAGGAAAAUAUGCAGCAGCUGUUCAUGCUGUUGUCUGAUGCACAGGAAGUGGAAAUCAUGGAGUCCUUCCUGAACAAGGUCGGAGGAGACCUGACCUCGUGCACUUUGACCCAGGAAGUGCUUGUCUGCCUGCUGCAGCAUCACUCUGGACCUGUGACCGUGGACUUCAGGAAGAUCAAGAUCACUGAGAAGAAUGUUCGAGACCUCCUUCAUCUGCUGGACAGGAUACAGUUCAAGAGGCUCACCCCAGGAUUCAUCAUGUGCAUCAUCAGAGGGAUCUACCAGAGUCGUUCUCCUCAGUAUGUGAGCAGCCUGCUGAGAUCUACAGAGAACCACAUCAUCCUGACCACCAGAGGCCUGGAUGCGGCUGACUGUGCUGCCCUGCGUUUCACCUUACAGCACAGCCAGGGCGUCAGACUCAACCUGAUGUGGACCUCCGUACCAGAGGGGGAGCUAGAGAGCCUCCUGCAGCUUCUCAGCAAUGUCUCUCAGCUCAGUGUUGACAGGCAGCUGCUGUUGAGGUUCCUCCACUGCUGUGAGUCCUCAGAUGUCCAGCAGGGGGCAGCAGCAGCUCUUCUUCAGGCUCUGCAGUACAGACUGGACUUCUCCUGCUCCUCUGCUAUGGACCUGACAGAAGAGACACAGGAACCACCGCUGCACCUGAGACCUGAGGACUGCAGGGUCAUCUCCAUGGUGAUCCAGAGGGUCAGCGUCAACCCUGAGCUCAUGCUGAUGGACUGUGAUGUGGAGGAGGCGGGGCUAGAACACCUUUUCUCUGUUCUAGAGAGAAUACGUUUGAGGUGCAGUAAGGGCCAGUUGUUGCAGCUCCUGGCGCUGGUGUGUGUCGGCUCUGAGAGAGAGUGUGUGAGGAGAGCCGUGUCUCUCUCCCAUGCUGUGCGUGGGGAAGUGGACCUCAGUCACACUGUGCUGGACGCUCGGGCCUGUGGAUCUCUGGCGCUGUUUCUGGAAUAUUCUGAGGGGCUGUCAGAACUGGACCUCAGCCACUGCCAGCUCACAGACCAAUGCCUGGAGCCACUGCUCCCACAUCUACACAAAAUACAGUCACUGGACCUCAGUAACAACAGCAUCACAGAUGAAGGGGCUCAGCUGAUCCACAAUACCGUCAAUGCAGCCACAUCCAUUCAGACCGUUAGGCUCUUCAACAAUAACAUUCAGAACAGACGGCUCUUCCAGGGAGACGCACGCUUUGAGCUGUGGUGACCCUGUAGGUGUGCUGCUAUCGCCACUGGAUUUGACCUGAUGUGUUUCAUACUCACACCAUGCCAUGCAAUGCGUCACUCUGAUGUAGUUAAUGUGUUCAGAAGUGAGACAGUGAUCAAAGUAGGAAGGAAACAGCACGCACACAUACUAUAUCAGGGCAACGUGCUGUUGGAGAGAUUGUAAGGAUGCUCAGAGGAGUACAAGUGUAAGAAGAAAGUGAAGUGACAUUGUGACACUUCGGUCCUCAUUGGUCAACAUUAUGGGUUCCACAGGUCAAUGACUUUGGUGAAGAAAAUACAUUAGAUUACAUUAAGACGUGAAGACAUUACAUUAUCUUUCAAAUACAUUACAAGAAAUAUAUUUUUUCCUUACAAGAAAUAUAUUUUUUCGUGCUUAGCAGUGUACUUGGUCUUACUUGAACCAUUGUGCCUUACCAUUUAUCUGCUGCUGAAUUGUGCAUAUUCUUGAAAGCCAUACUGUUGAUUCAGUUUCUGUUUUAUUCCUGGAUGGUUUUAGCCUGGCUAGCGCCUAGCACUUCUCAAAUGAGACAUGGUCUGGCAACCAGACGUUCAUUUUCUCAUAUUUGAAAAAAUGCCAAGAUCCGUUCAUUGGGCGCCACGGAUGUCUAUCAAAUGCGUCUGUGCAUAGCUCAUCAUGGUCUUGCUUUCUCCCCUGUUCUGUGAUUGGUUUCCAGACUGCCCUAGCAGCGUAAAUGAAAUCGCAGCGCAAGGCAGGAUGGUAACACCCAGGCUAGGAUGGUUUGGUGAUUGUAAAGGUUUUGGGAUUUUACAUGAUUUAAAAAAAAAAAAAAGACAUUAAAUAAGACAUUACCAUGGUAAUUGGGAUGUACUGUAAAAGGAAAACUUUUCAAAUGUUGGUCUAUCUUUAGUGUAUAGGAGGACAUCUUGGUUUCUAUUGGACAAUCUUUUGUGUGUUAGACAUUUUAUGGGUUCCAUGGGUCAGUAACUGUAUUCAGCAAAUGCAUUUUUUUAUGUUUAGAAUUAUAUUUUUUCACCUUUGUUGCUGAUUUGAACAUAUUCAGUCUUUCUAGCCAUACUGCUGAUGUACAGUAUAUUAUUUUAUUUGGUUGGGUUAUGGUUAGAUUAUUGUAGUUUCUGCAUGACAUGACAUGACUCUGUUUCUUCACCAUGGUUCGAAUGUACUGUAUCUCAGGCAAGCAUGAUGUCAAAUAUUAUGUCAAUCAAUCAAUCAUCCAUCAGCUGAGUAGUGUUCAGUUUGUCCUCAUGAAAAUCAGUUAUGCAGAGAGGGCUUUUCAUCAGUGCCAUCACCAAUAGCUCAAAGAAGCUUUACUGUGCACUGUGGUACUUGAAGCUAACGGCCUGACACUGUAACUCUUUAUAUGUGCAGUUAUUACUAGUAUGGAUAGUGUAUAGAAGUAUGUUCAUUGUGAUGCAUUGUGGAUAGUUUACUGUGCUUUUACAAUGCUUUAUGGAUGUGUUUACAGUAUGGAUACAGAGAUUUGUUACUUAACUGUUUACUCACACAUGUUACUGUUUGAUGAAACUGUAUUCAUGAUAACUUGAGUUUUGUAUCUCAAAGGUACUGGCACAAACAUUUACAGCCAGCCAGCAGAAGGGACUAUGAAAUGUGUAAUGAGAUCAUGUGUUUGAAUCUGGACGUUUGCCUCUCGGACUGAACUGUGCUGCAGGACAGUAAAUGGGAGUAGUUCAACAGGGAGGGCAAGAUGCUCUACAGUCUUGCACUGUAGUGUACAAUGUGUAAUGUGUUUACUACAUCAAUAAAAACAGGAGUC